GUUCCAAAACGCUUGAGGAAAAAAUUCGAACUUUCUCUAAUGCGGCUGAUAUAGAAAGUCGACCCUAAACAAAACAGCCUAAUUUAAGUAGUAGUCUUAGAAGCAAAACUCGUCCAAUAUAUACAAAUAUACAGCUGGUUUAACUUAAUUUGGUGGACAAAGCCAAAGGCCUGCAAUUUGAACGCACGGAAAUAGUAAAACCCAGAGGGAAAAUAGCCAAAUGUUUAGCCAAAGGAACAAUUGAGAAUUCAUUGCAAAGAAGAGGAAGAAGUCGUGGCAGAAGAAUAAACGAAGGAACAAUUGAUUUCUUUUCUUAAUUCAACAUCUCGAGAUAUUUGUUCGAAGUAAAGUUCAGGUGUGACAGGUAUAAAAUGAGUUGGACGAAUACACGAGGCAAGAGCAAAAGGCAACGGCAAGGAAAUGUUGAAGAUACUCGCUGCCAAAUAUUAAGGAAAAUUAAUUCGACUGGUCAGAUAACUAGAGAUGAUAUAAUCCAGUUAUAUCAUGUAGGAAAACCUAUUUGCCAAGGUUGCAGAGUCAACUCGAAAGAUUCACCAAAUUGCUUCUGUGGAUUGAUCCCACCGCCCAAUGGAGUCCGAAAACAGGGGCUAUGGCAAAAAGUGGCAGACACCAUAACAGCACUUGGUGCAGAUCCACAUGAAUCACUACGUUCAAGUUUGGAUUCUCCUUCAGGUCUGACAAACCUGGGUGCAACAUGUUAUGCUAAUAGCAUACUUCAAUGCCUUUACAUGAAUACAGCAUUUAGAAGCGGUUUCUUUUCUGCCGAACCAGAACUUUUACAAAAACAGCCAGUUUUAUGUCAACUUUCACGACUGUUUUCACAGCUGCACUCAGGCAAAAAGGUUGCAGUAGACUCAGCUGCAUUUACAAGAACAUUGGAACUAGAUAAUGGUGUCCAACAGGAUAGCCACGAAUUUCUGACAUUACUUCUCUCUUUAUUGGAACAAUUUCUCAGUCACUCAAAAAAUCCUCAAGCAAAGACUGUGGUGCAGGAUUUGUUUCGUGGAAGUCUCUCACAUGUAACUCGAUGCUCCAUGUGUGGGAAAGAUUCUGAGGCUUCUGGUAAACUUGAGGAUUUCUAUGAGUUAGAACUGAAUGUUAAAGGUUUAAAUACUUUGGAUGAGAGUUUAGAUGAUUAUUUAAGCAUUGAGAAUUUACAAGGUGAAAAUCAAUACUUCUGUGAAUCCUGUAAAGUUAGAACAGAUGCAACACGCUGUAUUAAAUUACGGACCCUUCCACCAGUCCUUAAUUUUCAGCUUAAACGAUGUGUUUUCCUUGCAAAGACUACAUCAAAGAAAAAGGUGACUUCAAAAUUCUGUUUUCCAGGAACAUUGAAUAUGGGGCCAAGAUUGAGUGAUGAUCAAAAUCUGAAGCCUCUUAUAUAUGAUUUGUCAGCUAUAUUGAUACACAAGGGGGCAACAGUAAACAGUGGUCAUUAUGUAGCUCACAUUAAAGAUGAACAAAACAGAAUAUGGUGGGAGUUUGAUGAUGAACAAGUCUCAAAGUUGGGGUUUCACCCCUUUGGUGAAGGUUCGUCCACUACACGCUCCAAGGUUGGUUCUCCUGGGAUGGAUCCUGAUUCCAAAUCAUCUAUUGUGAAUGGUGCUGUAGAAGAGUCUCUGGCAGAUCAACAGGUAUUAUCGGAUGCCACUGAAACUAAUAAUCCAAUCACAUUUUCUUCUUCGGAUGCAUAUAUGCUUAUGUAUAGUCAGAGAAGGUUGACAGAGGAUGUAGAAAUAUACAAGUCAUCAGCUUCAGAGGCUGAACCAAUGGUUAUUGAUGGAAGUGAAAUUUCAUCUAUCAAUUUUCCUUCACUGCCAAAACAUCUCUGUCAAGAGGUAGAGGUAUUGAACAAACAGUAUGACACUAUUUGUGAAGAGUACAGGUUGAAGAAAGAUGAGUUAUUAUGUAAAGUUACAGAGCGUAAAAGUGAAGUAAGAUUGAUUCUUUCUGAGGCACCUGUAUAUUCACUUGAUGAACCAUAUUACUGGAUCUCAACAGAUUGGCUUCGGCAGUGGGCUGAUAACCUUACACAUAUCUCUCUCGACAAUUCAAAUCUUCAAUGUCAGCAUGGGAAAGUGCCUCCUGCAAGGUUGUAUUCCAUGAAAAGAAUAUCGACAAAUGCUUGGGCUAGACUGCUAUCUAAGUAUGGUGGAGGUCCAGUAUUGUCAGACAAUGACUACUGUACUGAUUGCAUCAAAGAGGAAGCCAAAGUGGAAGCUUCGGCUAAUAGUUACCGAGAUAACAGAACAGCUAUGAAAGAGGCAGUUGAAGCUGCCCUAUCAGGGCAUUACGCUGAUGAAAAUCUGUAUUAUGUCUCCAGAACAUGGUUGAUGCAAUGGCUGCGGCGGAAAAUUGUCGAUGCACCAUGUGAUGGUGAUGCUGGACCAACGGCAUCACUUAGAUGUUGUCACGGGAAUCUGUUACCAGAACAGGCACCUGGUGCUAAACGACAAUUGGUGCCUGAGAAAAUCUGGUUUUAUUUCUUGCAAAAUGCUCGAGAAGUUGACUCUGAUAAUCCUGAAGGCCAUAUGCCCUUCCAUUCAAAUUCAGAAUCCUGUGCUAUUUGUGAGUUGGAUCUAUCUAAGGCUGCAACCAUACAAGACCAUCUGAGGGUAACCAAGAUGGAACAGCGGCAAAGACAUGAACAACUAUGUAUGGGUAAAAGCGUUGCUGUUUUACCUGGACAUAGUUAUUAUUUGGUGCCUUCAUUCUGGAUUGCAAAAUGGAAGGCCUACUUGACAGCAAGUGGCAAGAAUGCUUCUACAGUAGAAGAACCAGGAAGUUUGGAGCAGUGCCUUGAUUCUGUUCUAUGCAGGAAGCAUUUUCAAUUGCUUUAUAGGCCUCCAGAACUUGUUAUAAAGCGAGGUGAAUACACACAACGGAACCCAAAUGCAGAUGCUUUGACAAUUAUUACAGAAAAGGACUGGGAGGUUUUCUGUCAAGAAUGGGAUGUACCUGCAAGUAAAGGCAUUAGUUUUCUAGUUGAAUUUCAAACUUCUGAAGCAAAUGGUAUUUCUGGAAGCUGCAAGGAAGUACCAAUAACAGAGGAUGAAUUAAAUGUUGAUGAUCAGGAGUGUAAGAUGAGUAAAAUACAUACUUUAAGAACACAACCAGAGAUCUGUAAAGAGUGCAUAGAGGACAGAGAAAGCUGUGAAUUUAUGCGUAAAUUGGAAUAUAGAAAUGAGGAGAUUCGCAUACAUCUUUUUCGAGGUAAAGAACCUCCUAGGUCCAUUCUAACUAACUCUGGAUCUUUACCUGAUGUUGAACGUCGCACUUCGAGGAGGUCUCGGAAGACAUCGACAAAUGGUAGCUCAAUAAACUUGAAAGUUUCUGGAUGCACAACUGUGUAUCAAUUGAAGAUGAUGGUCUGGGAAUCCCUUGGAGUGGUAAAGGAAAAUCAGAAACUUCAUAAAGGCACAACGGAGCUGGUCGAUGAAUUGGCUACUUUAGCCGACUUCAAUGUUUUCCCCGGAGAUAGCCUGUGGGUUAGGGAUACUGAAGUUUAUGAAAAUCGAGAUAUUGCUGAGGAGCUAUCAGAGCAGGAAAUGGAAAAUGAGCAAUUGGAGGAAGGAUUCAAAGGGACACUUUUGACAUCGACUGUCCCUGCUCAAGUGGUUUGAAACCUAAAUUUUUUGUGUAGAAAGGAUGCUUUGACAUAUAUUUUUGGAACAACCGCUUGCCAUUUUCAAACCAGUGACAAUAUAAGACCAGAAGAUGGUGGUUGUUUGAUCUAGCAAGCGUUGGAACAUUUUGACGUGUAGCAUAUCAUGCAAUUUUUCUUUGUUAUGCAUUUGGGGAAAUCGUUCAAAUUCGAUUUUGUCCACUGGAGGGUGCAGCUACAUCGAGAAGAUGCCGCUGAUGAGAUGGUAGAGAUGAGCUAUUUAUAUUUUCUAUGGGCUAGCCAUCUUCUUUGGAUCUGACAUAUCGGGAGUGAUUUCAAGAAAGUGUUCAUGAAUGUGAUAAACUGCAGUGGAUUCAUGUGAUCAUCAAUCAUGGAUGUGCGUUGUCCGUCUCUCCUGGAAGCAAAAACCACAAUGCUGCAAAUGUGUCUAAAUAUGUACAAGGUGAAAAAGCAGAAAUCAUGGUGGUCACUUCUGUAUUCUUGUUAUUGCAAAUUGUUGGCUAAACAUGUGUCGAGCAAUUUCUUCAAUAUUUCAAUACAAGGCGCUGUGGUGUUUAUUUUGUUUUCA